GUGGCCUCGCGUGGUCCAGUGCAGAAUCACCCAUCAAUCUCAUCUCAGAUUGAUUCCACCAGCAGGCUGCUGCUGGCAGAUCCCGAUUUUUUCAACCUUAUGGGCCAUAUUCCCAAUUCUCUCCUCCUCUUCACCGGAAAUCGCGUACCAACUCUCCGUAAAUCUUAUUUUCUCGGAGUAGGUUUCGUGACGCCGCUCUUAUGGCUCGACGAAACUCGGAUCCUUGCCGACAUCCGCCGCGCGCGUGGCGGCUCCUAGUGGCUUCCGCGCUGCUCGCGCUGCUCCUCUUCAGCCCGCCCCUUCCCGCGCGCGCCAAUUCCGCCAUGAGCGGCGAUCAGGGCGACAAUGGCGGCAUGGAUCACGGCGGGAACGGCGGUGGGGGACACGGGAUGGCGUCGCAAGGCAAGGGAUCGUCGCGGGACGUGACGAUCAGCCGCAAGCGCGUGUUGCGGAAGAAGCUGAAGAAGUUCGUCGAUCCGCUGCCAAUCCCUCCCGUCGUCAACGCGGACUGGCUCCCCAAAGACUCGAACGGCGCCGCUGCUCUCACUAUCGGCGCGUUUAGCGUGAAACGGAAAUUCCAUCGCGAUCUGCCCGCGACACGCGUGUACGCGUUCGGGCUCUCCCGCAAGUGGGCCAGCGUGCCCGGGCCGACGAUCGUGGCGCGUGUGGGGUCCGCGCUGCACGUGACGUGGCAGAACAACAUCACGGACCAGCAGCACAUCAUGCCCGUCGAUUUCACCCUCAUGGCUCCCAAGCUCAAGCUCGGCGGCGUCCCCAUCACCGUGCACCUGCACGGGGCGCAGGUCUCCAGCUCCUCUGACGGCCACCCAGAAGCCUGGUACACGCAUGCGGGAGAGAAAGGUCCCCAGUUCGAAUCCCACGACAACCAUUAUCCCAACAUGCAGCCCCCCAGUACCCUGUGGUACCACGACCACACCUUGGGAAUGACGCGACUCAACAUGGUCGCUGGGCUCGUUGGCGCGUACAUUCUGUCCAAUCCCCAGGAGGAGAAGAAGUUUAACCUGCCCGUGGGCAGGUUUGACGUGCCGUUGGUGAUCCAGGACCGCUCAUUUCUGUGGAACGGGCACACGUUUAUGGAGGGAAAGGGCCUCACGAAGGCGCAUCCUGUGUGGUUACCCGAGUAUUUUGGGGCCUUCAUGACUGUCAAUGGGAAGGUGACUCCCUACAUGUCUGUCCAGCGCCGCAAGUACCGCUUCCGCCUCAUCAAUGCCGCCAACGCCCGCUUCCUCGACCUCUUCCUCCGGGCCUCCGCUCCAGCUUCGGACCAGACCAGCGGCAUGAGCACACAAGGUACCCGCACCAGUAUCACCUUCCCCUUCGUCCAGGUGGCAUCUGAAGCCGGGUACCUCAACAGGCCUGUCCCAAUGCGUCGGAUCACUGUAGCACCCGGGGAGCGGGCAUGCAUCAUCAUUGAUUUCAGCCAGCUUCCCGCCGGUGCAGUUGUCCGGGUGAAAAACCGCGCGCCUGCGCCUUACCCCGGGGGUGACUUACCCACGGGGGAUCUACAGUACGUCAUGCAGUUCAACGUGGAGGGUGGUUCUGCAAAAGACAGCUCUACAGUGCCGCCAAUGCUUAACUCUAUCCCAGCGCUGGACCUAAAAAACAUCGACAAGGUGCGGGAGAUCACACUUUCGGAAGUGGAGGACAAGGCAACAGGAGAGCCGCUGACAGCUCUGAUAGAGAAGAAGCACUACUCUGAAAAGGUGGACAUCACGCCGAGUCUUGGAACCCGGGAGCUCUGGUACUUGAUCAACCUCUCCGAAGACGCCCACCCCAUCCACAUCCACUUCGGCCCACAUCGCAUUGUCUUCCGCCGCCCGUUUAACAAGGAGCUCUACGAGGCGGGCAAGUGCAGCGUCCGUGCCGGUAGCUGUUACACAGGGGUGGCGGUUACACCGAGUAAGAACGAGAGGGGCCUGAAGGACACCACGAGGGCCCCUCCAGGGUAUGUGACAGCGUUGGUGGUGGACUUUGCGCCAUGGAUGGGAAAGCAGCUGAGCUUUGAUGCCAGCAAGGGGCCCGGGUACAUGGUGCACUGCCACAUCCUGGACCAUGAGGAUAAUGACAUGAUGCGCCCGUUCAAAAUCCUACCAGCUAAGUAGGAGCAGGCUGUGGCAGUGCCGUGUGCAAUGAGUGAUGGUGCCGUGCGCAUGAGGGAAGAAGGGGCCUGUGCAUAUGGUGCACUGCCACAUCCUGGAUCAUGAGGACAAUGACAUGAUGCGUCCGUUGACCAUCCUGCCAGCUGAGUAGUGGUGGGCAUUGAUGGUGGCGCGUGCAUGGGGGGAAGAGGAAGAGGGAGCACAUGGUGCAAAGGGGAGUGGUAGGUGGUGGGCUGAAGAGUCAGAAUUUGGUGUGGUGGAGGGGAAGAAUGGUGAAGGCUGUAGCGAAAGCGAAAGUGGGCAAGGGAAUUGGGGAAGGGGGAAAGUGGGGUGGGGACUGCUGUUAGUGUUAGGGGUUGGGCAUAGUGUGUGCUUGGAUUAUGAGGGAUGGGAGAUCUGUUCAUCUAGAUAAGAACCAGAUUGGUAAGUGUAGUGCGGUAGCAAAUGGAAGGGGUGCCAGCUGCUUACUAACCUGGGAAUAAGAUAAUCCCUCUUUAGCACAAUCUCUGUUACAGACAUGUUACUGGGUUAUAUAGCAACACUUCACCGACUACUGGACUAAACUCCCGAC